GUGGACGGAAGUAGCUGUUGGGAGCGUUCAGACGCUUUAAAUUCCUGCGGGGGUGGAGGCCUUGGCUUUCGGCUGGGGUCUGGCUUCUCACUGGCAUGGCUGUGGACGUGAAGUCUCGAGCGAAGCGCUAUGAGAAACUGGACUUCCUCGGGGAGGGACAGUUUGCUACGGUCUAUAAGGCCAGAGAUAAGAACACCAACCAAAUUGUCGCCAUUAAGAAAACCUCAGGGCCUGUUGGUGUCGUUGACCUCCGUCUUCCUGUGCUACUUUGAAUGUUUCCUCCUUUGUAAACUCAUUACUCCCUUGAAGUGUGGAUGGUCAGGCUUCCAUCUUCCAGCCUCCCAGAUCAAACUUGGACACAGGUCAGAAGCUAAAGAUGGUAUAAAUAGAACAGCCUUAAGAGAGAUAAAAUUGUUACAGGAGCUAAGUCAUCCAAAUAUAAUUGGUCUCCUUGAUGCGUUUGGACAUAAAUCUAACAUUAGCCUUGUCUUUGAUUUCAUGGAAACUGACCUGGAGGUUAUAAUAAAGGAUAAUAGUCUUGUGUUGACACCAUCCCACAUUAAAGCCUACAUGUUGAUGACUCUUCAGGGGUUAGAGUAUUUACAUCAGCAUUGGAUUCUACACAGGGAUCUGAAACCAAACAACUUGUUGUUGGAUGAGAAUGGAGUUCUGAAACUGGCAGAUUUUGGCCUGGCCAAAUCAUUUGGGAGUCCUAAUAGGGCUUACACGCAUCAAGUUGUGACCAGAUGGUACCGGGCCCCUGAGUUAUUGUUUGGAGCUAGAAUGUAUGGUGUGGGUGUGGACAUGUGGGCUGUCGGCUGUAUAUUAGCAGAAUUGCUUCUAAGGGUUCCUUUUUUGCCUGGAGAUUCAGACCUUGAUCAGCUAACAAGAAUAUUUGAAACUUUGGGUACACCAACUGAAGAACUGUGGCCUGACAUGUGUAGUCUUCCGGAUUAUGUGACGUUUAAGAGUUUCCCGGGGAUCCCACUGCAGCACAUCUUCAUUGCAGCAGGAGACGACUUGCUCGAUCUCAUCCAAGGCUUGUUCUUAUUCAAUCCGUGUACUAGAAUUACUGCUUCCCAGGCACUAAAGACCAAGUACUUCAGCAACCGUCCAGCACCAACCCCUGGAUGCCAGCUCCCAAGACCAAACUGUCCCGCGGAGGCCCUGAAGGAACAGGCAAAUCCAUCCGUGGCAACCAAACGAAAAAGAACAGAGGCCUUAGAACAAGGAAUAUUGCCCAAGAAGCUAAUUUUUUAGUUACAGCGAACAAUGGACAGUUUUUCACUGCUGGAAGAAAUAAUCCGAAAGGCAAAUAAUGGGAAAAAAAUAGGGAGCAUUAAAUGCCAUAGAAGAGAACUUGUAAAUAUUCUACACGUGUAAAAUAUGUAAAACUAUGGGUUAUUUUUAUUAAAUGUAUUUUAAAAUAAAAUAUUUGUGAUUUA